CCCUCCUCCUCCCGCUCCUCCUCCCGGAGCGCACAGAGAGCCGAUGCGGCCGCCGUCUCCGUCCACCGCGCGACGCGAGCCAAAAAACACCAAGCAGCGGGAGUCGUCGUCCUCGUCGUCGUCUUCUUCUUACCUCUCUUUAUCUGUCUCCUCUUGUUAACCGUUUAUUUUUUUUUAUCUCAAAUUGUUUUUUUUCCAAUUGCGCUAAUUUUUUUUAAUUCUCUCUCCAUUUUUGUUUUUAUUCCUUCAGGGAACGCGCCUUGACAAUUUUGUUCCGUUUGGUUAUAUAUAUACCAUUCGAUCGUCGCGUCAACGCGAGUUGCGAUUUUGGCGAGGAAUUAAACAAAUAAAGGGUACGCGUGGAUCAUUUGUAUGCCGGUAGGCGCGCCAGCACUUAUUGCAGAUUUUGAGGUUAGCCGCGCUUGCUCUCGCUACAUCUCUCUCUCUGCUUUCCCUGCGGUUGCUGUAUUUCUAUUCGUUAUUAUCGGUGUUAUUUUCCUUUCUUUUUAUCCUAAAAAUCAGCCCAUCAACCCCUCCUCCUCAUCGCAAGCCCUGUCACCCCGCUCCAUCCUCUCAGCACCCCACCCCCUACCCCCCAUUCCCACCGGGUAUCGGCGGCGCAGAUAAAACCGUCAGUCCACAGGAUACAAUAGAAGGUAGUUUGUUCAGAAGAUAGGCAAAAAAAGAGGGGGGGGGGCAAUGGUUGGAAUGAUACAAUUGUAAUUAAAUGACACAACAGUUUAGGUUGUCUUAGAAUGCACGAUUCGGUCGAAUUGAUGGAGGAAGCUACAGGCUUUAAUGGUAUGUGUUAAAUAAAAUAUAUAUCUCAAAUAUGAAUACAGCGUACUCCCAGUGCCAUAGAUGAAAACCCGUGAUUAAUAAUUGAACAAUAAAUUUCGCAAAAGGAGUGGCAAUUGUAAAACAUUUAAACAAAUAAGAAUAAUCACCAAAUUGUACGCAUGUAACAACAUUACAUGAAUAGAGCGAUAUAGGGUGUAUCGUUAUAUUAAAUGUCAGCAAUCAUACAAUAUAAAGCAGGGCUCUAGAAUCAUAGUAGUAGGAGUAAUAAUUAAAUAAUCUCGGGCUACAAUUGGUAGCUGUUGCUGCUGCUGUUGGGUGUGCAUGUGGCUUGGAGCCGGCGGUCUCUGCCUGUGAUGGCCGGGCUGUGAUGAUUGUGAUGAUGGCGUUUCGGCUGGUGUCGGGGUGGCGGCCCGGGUCUGUCGGCAUGCGGGAGCCUCCGGGAUGGACCAAGAUCCAGCGCCGCCGUCGUCACAAUCAGCAACAGCAGCAGCUGCAGCACCAGCAGCAGCCUCACGACCAUCACGGCCACCACCACCACAAUCACGACCACCACCAUCACCACCAAUUUCAUCACCAUCAUGAAAAACGCCAUCAAUAUAAUCGUCAAGAGUUGCAGCAGAUUUGGAAGCAGGAUCGACGGAGACCUGUUCGAGAGGAGCAGCAGAAUCAUCAGCAGCAGCAGCAUCUUCAAAAACAUCAUCAUCCUCCUCAACAGCAGCAGUGUCCUGCAUUUAUAUUCUGGGGCCGCACCGACUACACGGAGUGGCAGCCCAUUCUCCUGGCCCCGCCAGCCCGGCAGGACAAAGAGGAGGGGUGGAGAAUAAUAAAGGAGAGGGAGAAGACGACGACGAUGCCACAGGAGGAGGUGGUGGAUGUCGCCGGGGUUUCCCCCACCGUGGCGUCGCGAAUGGCUGCGGUUCCUCCCCGGCUGUCGAGGCGCGUUCUCCUCUUGGCUCUCAUACUGCUGUCUCUGCACGCCUGCGCUGGCAAGAUUGAAGAGGAUGAUUUCCAGGAUAUGAACGCUAACAAGACAUGGGUCCUGGCCCCCAAAGUCUACGAAAGCGACGUCACCCAAAUUCUCAACACGCUUCUGGAAGGCUACGAUAACAAUCUGAGACCGGACAUUGGCAUCCAGCCGAUUACGGUGGAAACGGACAUCUACGUCAACAGCAUCGGCCCAGUGUCAGCUAUUAACAUGGAGUACACCAUCGAUAUAUUCUUCGCCCAGACGUGGUUUGACAGCAGACUUCGGUUCAACAGCUCCAUGAAAGUGUUGAGAUUGAACAGCAACAUGGUGGGGAAGAUUUGGAUCCCAGAUACCUUCUUCCGGAACUCAAAGCAGGCUGACGCCCAUUGGAUUACGACCCCAAACCAAUUGCUGCGCAUAUCAAACAACGGAAAGGUGCUCUACACACUGAGAUUGACAAUAAAUGCAGAAUGUCAGCUUCAGCUCCAUAACUUUCCUAUGGAUGAGCAUUCCUGUCCCCUGGAAUUUUCCAGUUACGGUUAUCCCAAGGAUGAGAUCCUUUACAAAUGGAGCAAGAGUUCUGUGGAAGUUGCCAACCAACGCUCUUGGAAGCUCUACCAGUUCUCCUUCCUGGGCCUCAGGAACACCACCAAUAUCCUGUCGACUGAUUCCGGUGAUUACAUCGUCAUGACGGUUUAUUUUGAUUUGGUGAGAAGAAUGGGAUAUUUCACCAUUCAGACGUACAUCCCCUGCAUACUGAUCGUUGUGCUGUCAUGGGUGUCCUUUUGGAUCAACAAAGAUGCCACUCCCGCCAGAACAUCCCUUGGGAUCACGACGGUGCUGACCAUGACCACUCUGAGCACCAUCUCCCGCAAGUCGCUGCCCAAGGUUUCCUAUGCAACGGCCAUGGACCUCUUCGUCACCGUCUGCUUCUUCUUCGUCUUUGCCGCCAUGAUUGAGUUCGCCAUGCUCACGUUCUUCGUCAGCAAGAAGAAGCUCAGUGGCGGCAAGAAAAAGAAGAAAAGGCACGCGCCGAACCCCGUUGUGCUGGACGUGAGACCCGGUUCGGCGACAGUGCCCAUGAAUAACGCCAUGCAGCACCUCUCGGCCGAGGCAGAGGAGGAGGGUGGCUACGAAUGCCUGGACGGCAAAGACUGCUCCAGCUUCUUCUGCUGCUUCGAGGACUGUGAGCGGCAGUCGUGGAAAGAGGGCCGGAUCCACAUUCAGGUCCUCAAGCUCGACUCGUACUCGCGCGUCUUCUUUCCCAUCUCCUUCACGCUCUUCAAUCUCGUUUAUUGGAUCGCGUACCUUUACCUGUAAAAAAUGGGUUUGUUGGAGAAACAAAGACGUGCAGAAAUGAGAAACAGGGAAGGAAAAAGAUUAACCUAAAUGGCAAUUAAGGAAACUCAAAAAGAACAAGCGCCACCGCCCAUCCACCCAUGGUCGCAAAACUUUUUUUGAAUUCCUGUUGCCGUGCGACAGGAAAGCGUGACCUCAGCUGGGUUACCUAAAGCUAGCGCUUGCAUCUGAUCACGCCUCCCUCGGAGGCGGAACUACUCCACACUGAACAGCAGCAAGUGUAUGUCUGAGUGGCUGAUGUAAAAUACCGUGUAUAGCAAUUGCAUAAAUAAUGUGUAAGGAGGAGAAAUUAUAUUUACUAAAUAUGUUAAUUUAUUUAUAUUGGCGAUUCUAUAACAAACCGACUACUGCUGUUAAAAUUCUGAAAAGCGUUAAUUACGAACAAUGUGACGGAAUUUGGGGUUUCUGCUUGACUUAGGUCAAUUCUUAAUUGUUCCUUGUUAAAAUUAAGUAAACACACAUCAAAUUAUGAUAUUGUCUAGAGUUUCAUUUAUGUUUAAAACGUAUGGCAGUCAACGCCAAAAUUCAUAAUUGGUACAAACACUAAAGUGAGGGAAAAAUAUAUACAAUACGCGCGUUUGUGUGUUUACAUUUUACAUAACUUACAGGCACUGAAUAAUACCGUUUGAAACAUGAUGUGACAGCACUGUAAAUACCAUAUUUUCACGAAGUGUGAGGCACUUCGGAGGGAAGAAUAUGAGAAGACUCUGCGUGUGAAGCUGCUGACAUUGUUGUGUCAUGGUUACAAUCGGUGUUGCUUUCAAAGCACACUGCAAAGAGUUGGGGUAUGCAGGCAUGAGGUACCCAUUUCUUGUUUAAUGCUUUCACCUGAAAUUGAUUUCUUUAAACUGUUGUCAGUGUUGCAUUAUUAUGAUGAUUAUUACGGAUCUGAGUUUUCAUGACAGGCUACACGUCACAGAAAUGCUUAUCAGCUGUAAUGGUUACGACCAAGAUCAAUGCUAAAUUCUCACAAAUUAUGUAUGUUGAAAUUAUUUCGCAUUGUAUGCAGCCAACAGCGCUAAUUGGAGGUCCGGGGGAAGGACAACAAACUAAACACACGCAAAAAACAUGACAAGGGUUUCACAAACUUUGGUAAAUGUCAGCCAUAUGGAGCUCUCCCCCUCAAUGAGUCAUAAACCUUCACCGAAAUAUGAAGAUUAUGAAGCAUUUUUUUGCAGACACUUCCUGGUGCUUGCAAUUAUAUAUUUUUUCCACAUUUGCAGGUUUAUCAGUGAAGUACACUCCUAAACUAGUUUCACUUUGUCAGGAUAUAAAUUAUUUAUGCUUAUACAGCCUGAAUAUUUGCCCCAUCUGGGACUCGUCAACAUGGUGUGACACAUGUUAAUUAGGCAAGUGAUAAUAUCAGAGCUGUGUACGAAUGCGGAGUAAAUAUGUAUAACUUGUCCACUCUUUGUGAGUCUGAUCAACAGUUCUGACCAAUACACAAGUACAAUGUAGGGGAAAAAAUAUCUGCCAGCUUUACCACCUUUCCGAAUAUGGAGGUAUAUGACAUGCACUUAUUCUGAAUCCAUGCAAGCCUUCUUUCAUUUCAAAUGGACUGUGUUUGGAUUAUUCAAUCUGCCAGGCCCACUGUGGAAUAUCUCAGUCAUCCAGGGUUCAGAGCUGUAGAACUGCACGGUUCCCUUACUGUGAUGGUGAUGGACACAGGAUCACCAGGCUCCCGGUUGCCCAGGAGACAUACAUGGCCAUUACUUCUGGACCCCAUGGGUUUAGAAACACGACGAGCGAUAUCUUACAUGGCAUUGGGGAUAAACGGCCCAACGUGUGAUUGAGUUUAUGGUGCAGGGUGACCUUAAUCCACGCUUCAUAUGCAUCCUGCCAAAACACUUGAUCAGCCAAAAUCCAUGACGCUGACAACACGGGUGAAAGGCCUGAACCAGAAGUGGGUAUUCUUCGAGGGCGUCUUGUGAAACGUUCGAAUGCUUACGAACAAGGUGGCUGGACCGAUCUGGCUCAGGCUAGCGUACCGAGGGGGAAGGGCUAGGGCUUUUUACAGUAUUUUACACUUAUACUCUGAACACUGUACAUUGCAUAAACCUGGAGAUUUUGUCCACUGUACGUUAGAAUAAGCUUCUUAGCAGAAAACUGUUUCCAGGCAGGAAAUACAACCGUACGUGUCAUGAUUGGUCCGUCGUCUAUGGUAGCUACUCAAAGCAUUUUAUAUAACAAAUACUGAAACCUUAAACUGGAAUGCAUGUAUGUUUACUAGAGCAUAUAAACACCACUACUUUGAAGCUUUUGUGAUUCAAUCCAAUCUAAGAAGGGUAAGCAAACGUUUACAACCUGAAUUACACGGAAACUAGGACAGAUGCAUUUGCAAUAAAACAGUAUACGUAGUUAUCUAAACACAUUUAUACUGAUCCAGGUAAUGAGGUUAUGCAGAAGAGUCAUUGUUAUGCCUUGCAUGCCUUACUUAAUAUCCAUACGCAUUGUGAAAUUCUAAAUGUGAAUUCUGCAGUAUAUUACAAGGUCAAGCCUUCUUUUUUUUAGCGGUUUUAGCGGAACGUAGAGACUAAAUGAAUGAACAUAAUCUCCGAGUGUGGUACACUAACAUACUAUACCAUGCCUGAAAUUGAAAGAAUGUAAGCGGUGAUAUACAUGUCAGUUUUACAAAGGGACAAGAGCAGAUUUUAUCAUGAUCAGUCUCAUGCAUCUCUGCAUUGAUUUUGUCCAAUUUUGUGAGUUGACUUUAAACCAUGAAGACAUCAAUUAUUACAAAUUGCCUAAUAAUAGUCAUUGUUUGAAAAUGUAGCUCACACUUAUAUGCUAAUUACUUAUUUUAAAUUUAAAUUCACGCUAUAGUUUUCCCCCAAGGUCAAAGUAAUGGGUAUCUUAGUAAGGAUGUAUUUAUUUUAGUUGGGGGCAACAGUGCUAAACUACUGUCUCUAUCAAGUAUUAGACCACAAAGUGCGAUAUUAUGACAUCACAAUAUUUCAUACGAAUUUGGAAUUAUUUUACCAUCUGUUCACAUAGUCACAGCAUUUUAUUUUACCAACAAUAGGCAAUGGUUACUGGAAUAUGCCCAGAAAUAUUUUUUUACAUUUAGGCUGAGAGUGUUAUUCAAGGUAAUGUCAAAGUGUCAUUGUGACCAAUCCAGCUGUGGACAGUGUUCAUAUACUUUGAGGGCUUAAGCCUAAAGCCAAUUUAUCGACCCAAAAAGGUAUAUUGGGCUGAGUUGAUUCCUGGUCAGGAAUUCAGGCCCAAACCAUCCUCUAGAGGUGAUAGAAUGAGUAGAACAUUGUGGGAGAGUGACCGUGGCUGUGCUUUGGCAUGACUGACCCCUGCCAUAACUUCUACCACUGGCCACGCGUAGAAUAUCAUCGAUUCAAAUGUCAUCACAGUCUAUUGAGACUGCUUAACUGAGUGUAAUCCCCUCUACUAAAACUGAAAAUUUUCUGUCAACUGCCAUAAACAUUUCCAACCGAGGGAUAAAGUGAUACCAUUGAAUUAAGUUUGCAUCACUUGAGAUGCAGACAGUACAUUUUUCUAAGCAUAAGGGCUAACAAUACAAUCUGAAGCGGACAAUAUACAGUACAGGGCAAUGCCGUUCAGUGUGGAUAUCAUAUUUACACAUUUGCUUUGUGUUGUGAUAAAGCAGCACGGAGAGAAGGAAGCGCCCCAUCGUUUAUUGGCUCUUAACAUUUUACCAAAACAUAUGCUGUGCCACCUUGUCUAUGUGUUUAACUCUGCCAGAUACAGAUAUAUGGCUUGACAGGAUUCCUUAUUUAAAUUAAUGUUGGCUUUGACCGAUUUUAUUGUCUAUGGUAAUGUAUACAGAUGGACUAUUUAUCUUAGAUUGCUGGCAACAAAUGAUUACUGCACUGGGUUAUUUAGAUAACAACUUUAAUAUUUAGCAAAAAUACAGACAAAACAUGUUAUAUAAACUUUACCUUCUACUUCAGCGUUAUUCAACUCAAUAAUGCAGUGCAUGUGUAAUGCACCUUUCAAUUAUGGACAAUUUUAAAAUGAUGUGUUAAGAUCAAGUGUCUGUAAAAUUGUCCACUUGCUCAUUUGGCCAGAAACCAACUUAGCUCGUUCUUUUUUAUUUUUUAAUCAGUCCAACAAUGCAAUUUAAGAGUAGGAUUCAAACAACUGUUGAGUGGCACUUUUAUCCAUGAUUGGUCCUGAGGCCAGGCCAAUGUGUCAGUGCUCAUCUGCAUUGGUGGUCCUGUUCUUCUCGAAGGCAGGGGCCAAAGUCCACGUAGGAUUACCGCUGGUAAUUUCCCAUUAGGCGUUGCUCGCUUUGUAGACUUGGGGAAACACGGUGGGCUGGGUUGGCUCCCAACUGGGAAUUGAGCUCAUGACCUCAUCGUUUGAGAGGAACGCGCUCACUGUGCAGGUAGCCAGGCUGGUUGAGAGCAUUAUUCAUUAUCUUGGCAUUGGCCGGUUACCCAUUAGCACUCCUGCUCCUGUUGACUAUGAUCUCGGAGUGUAUUUGUGUUUUUUUACACAAUUUCAAGUAAAACAUUUAUCACAAAUAUUAGAAUACAAAGGUAUUUAGGAAUUUUUGUUGUUGCAUAAAUGUAAAAAAGCUUGAUGUAAAAGGAAUAAAUUUAUAUUAAUGGUAAUACCAGAAAUGUUAAUGCCUUCGUUUAUUGCCACCCCAAUUUAAUAUUUUUUUUGCAAACUGGGAAUGCUGAACUAUUUGCAUGCUCACGUCUGCAAGCUGAAUUUAACACAUCCAGUAAAACAGCAAAUCACUAUAUACAUGCUACCACUAUAUUGCUUCAUCCUUAAGAUGACAUAUAUAUUAUACAGUCCUUAUUAUAUCUGUAUGUGCCAAAAUAAUUCAUAAACGCACAAAUAAUAUUUUUCACUCAUUUAAAAUUUCAGAAAUAUAGCCACACCUUUGUAUGCAUUGCUGUGCAGUGUGUAAUUUAAAACCCAUCCGAGCCAAUAUGUUGCUUUUAAACUCUAAUACACGUGAACAUGCAGGCACAUAUGCUGCGAAAGCUAUCAAUACUUCCUAAUCUACACCUUGUUUGUGAAUGUGCAAAGCUCCCUCAAGCGAGAGUAAUCUCACUUGUAUAUUGAUCUGUUGAGGGGCUUGGCUGCACUGAUAUUAAAAAGGUGCCAGGGAGGCAACAUUUGCGUCUACACCUCUUGUACAAAAUCAACACAAGUUAAUGAAGAACAACAUUGGAUAAGCGAGUGUAGUACAAAUUGAACAAGAUUCCUCAGUUUUUAUUAUUCUGUGAACAUACGCUCUGUGAGUUAUGCUUAGCUCCACGUUUUAUUUUGCAAGUCAGCGAGUGCAUCGUGCAAAUACGAACUGUGGACACUGCUUAUUUUCGUUGGCAGUCCUGAACAAGUGAAGUAAUUUCCACAUUCCUAUGAAAGAAGCCAAUCUCUCCACAGAACCGUUGUUUUUUUUUUCUUCUAGAUUAUCAACACUUGAAUUUCCCUGGACUCCUCAUAGCAGAGUUAAUGGAAAGAUUGUGCAUGGUACACAUUUUGUUUUCGUCCACAGUUUUCAUAUGCAAGUCUUUUUUCAGUGAUGCGUAUUUUAUACAAAACCGACCACCUUCAGUUUCAGAUGGGAUUCGGAGCAGUGCCAAGAUGUUGUCAUCACAUGCGCUUGAGUUGAGUUCUUUAUUGUAAAAUGGAGGCCAGAUGCUUGUAGCUUCGCAAACAGCCGCAGCCCUGCAGAGCAACAAACGUGCUGCCUCUGAGUGUAUGGCGCUUUGUUUGCAGUUACACAAAACACGCGGCUGAAAUGGACCGGUCGUAGAGGGGAAACAUAGAGAUUUAUGCACAAAUGAAAUGAGAGCCAUACUAUUGUAUGCAUUUGGCCAUGAUAAAUGUUUUUUUUUCAUUUAUUGUAAGCUUUUUUUAAAUUAUUUAUAUGCCCUGUGGACUGAAUGACAUUGGGAUUAAAUGACAAAGUAUUCGUAUACAUCACAUGUAAUGUGCAGCACUUAGUAAAUCCAAUGCUGGAUGAGGACCGACACGGAACAGGGACUGCUUGACCAUACUGCACCACGCUGUGUGGGUUGUGAAGGGUGGAGGCCCAAAGACCGGUUCGGAUAUCACUCAGUUCAAAUAUCACUAGCCACCGAUGUUAGCCCUUGCCAAGAAUCUAAUUCAGGUCCGUGGGCACUGUGCCACCGCUCCAUCCUCAUUACAAGUACACGCACAGCCUAUGUUGCCAAUCCCCUGAUGAAUGAGGGCCUCCCCCAUGCCCUGCGGGUCGUGAGGGAUAGUUGAUUAUAUUUUACCGUGGUGGUCAGUGCAAGUGAGUGAAGUUGGGGGGGGGGGGAGUACAAAACAAAAAUGUAUUUUUCCACGCUGUCCUCUACUGCCCACAUCACCUGUUACGCGAUCCACGUUCAAGCUGAUGAGCUUCCGAGAUCUGAUGAGAUCGGGCACAUUCCGGGUGAUUUUGUCGAGGAAGCCACGGAAAACACCAAAAUCAGGCAUUUUUAUAAAUGGUUGAUUUUAUUACUGACAGCAUAUACAGGGUUAUAGCUGCGGAGGCAAACAUUGAUUUGUUACAGUUACAGGGCUAAUUACAUUAUUGCCAUGCCACACUCACAUGUCUACUGUGUAUUUGCUGAAUUAAUUGUUUCACAGUUACUUAUGACGCAAUCAACACUAAUUCCUCAGCACACAUUAAUAUGAAGAGCAUUAGAGAACAUGUGCAGCGUAUAAAGGGACUAAAUAGCAGUGCUGUACUUUGCAUUCCCUGAUCUGUGGUGCUUUCAAAUUGUCCUGUAGAGAGCAUCUUAGAUUACAUCCGUACUGCAUGGUACAUUUAAAUUGUAAUUGUACUGGGAAUCAGUAUUAUUUGAAAUCAAAUACAGACGUCGUAACCGUGGUUGGCAUUCCCUUAUGGUUGUUGGCACUGUGGUUCGGGUGCCUGCAGAAACACUGCGAGAUCAGAGGUGUAGAGACGGGGUCUACAAACUUCCCAAAGGGGGCAGGCGAUGAUGGAACACAAAAAUGGUCUCGGACUUUUAAGAUCAACCUGUCACCUUGACCAAAACCGUUGAUGCCACCCCACCUUGACUGUGCUUUCUUCAUUCCACCAGAUCCUGCAGCUGCUGCACAGUAUUACAUUUUUUCACUGAGUCUCAAGAGGGUCCUGCUAAAUAUUCGUAGGAGGUGACGUUGCUGCUAUGUGUAAUCCCAAUUUAAAACAUAAAAAAAUUCCAGCUAAGGCCCACUGAGCUAUAUCGCUCGUUUUCAGAAGCGACCUGGUCACAAACGAUAGCUCAAUGAAGUGGCUUAUCACGUGUAAAUUGAAAGGAGCCUAAUACUUGAAACGCAUGUUUCUAAAUGUGGAGGGAAAAACCAGAGGACCUUAGAGAACAUAUAAACUCCGCUCAGGCAGGCACCCAAGUCAGGAAUCAAGCCCAGGUACUUCUUCCUGUGAGGCAUAAGCGUUACGACCGUCCCAUCCUGCCGCCCAAAAGUAGGCACAAGAUGACAGCGGCCCUCAACAUUAUUGGGGUGGUGGUGCAAGUGCCGCUUUUUUGCCAGCUGGCUUGGCCACGCCUCUGUUCUUAGCCUACAGUGAACGGGGCGUAUUGCUAUGGUGGGUACCAGCCUCUGUCUGGGACUUGUGACGUCCCACUAAACAGCGCAGCUCAGCAGGCGGUGCUCGUUAUACCGGCGCUGCAGGGACGAUUGGCUGAAUUGGCUUUGACCAGGCUUUGAACGCACGACCUUGCCUCGAUGAGCCCAUGGCUCGCAGUGUCUGAACUGAACCGUGAUCCGUAAAGACUGAUAGACGCAUGAGUUGACAGAAAACCACAUACAGAGGAAUCAAGUGGGCCAUGUAAUAAAGAUCAACCUUGUUAGUGAGCAAUGACUCCUUAAUUAUCUAGGGCACGCGCACUGAAGGGGAACCAAAACAGUUGCGAACCUCAAAUAUACACAGCGUGUAUGCGGAGAUGCACACACUCACUUUGGAUCUCUCGCUAAUUGAGUGUAGCUGCACCGGGUUUUAAACAACAUCUAUUUAGCAUCACAAAUGAAGGCACAAUCAAGGCACAAUGCAAUCUAAUUGCCAAUUUUGACAUGUCUGUACUUUUGAUUACGUAUUCUCGAAUGCUAUAAAAUGCUAUCAACUAAAUAUAGCAUUGUUAUAGUCAAAAUGUAUUGUAGUCACACAUUUUUUAUCUAAAUACAGUGUCAUAUACUGCACGAUAUACAGACCAAAUUGAAAAUGUGUCUUUGCUCAGAUGAGCGGUGCAUGGGCUUCUCCUUUGGCAGCCCUGAGCCAGUGGUGGAAGUUCCUGCAUGGGACAACCAUGCUACUGGGGACUGGAUAGGGUAUCGCGGUUAUGCUGCAUCGCUCUACAAUGUCCGACGUUUCUCUCCACAUGCCGGGAGCUUCUUCAGCAACUAAACUGCAGAAGUAAGGUUGCCAACUCUACUCCUGGAUUGGCCAGGGUUCUCAGCCGAAAUUGGCAUCGGUAUCCCAGUGAUGAUUGAAAGAAAUCCGGGGUAUGAUAAUAAAACAAACGAAAAUAUAUUUUUAUUUAACUAGGUAAGGCCCACUGAGUUAUGUAGCUCUUUUUCAGAAGAGACCUGGCCACAAAUGAUUGCUCAACAAAGUGACUUAUGUGGAAAUGUAUCGCAGCCAAAUACUCUAAACGAAUGUUUCUAAAUGUGGAGGGAAAAAACUGGAGGACCCAGAGAAAAAUCCCAGCGACCGCGGGAAGAGACAUGCAAAUUCAAAAUAUAUAGCAUGCGUCAGGGUCGAGGUUGAACGCACGACCUCCAGCAUACCAGGUGCAGAGAAUAAAUUAAAGCAAAAAAAUCCCAUAAUAGUUUCAGUCUAAGUUGCCAACCCUAUGAAGAACAAGAACAGAAAAAAGCUUCCAGUACGUUGAGUGGAAAGUGGAGCGAAACGUGAGAUCUAUAAUGGCGAACAUGCGGCACAGCCCGGAAAUAUAGCAGAGAGGAGAACCACAUAUUAUACCAUAUUCUAUAAUAUAUGAUCACUGCAUAAGACUUGUGGUCGGUGCACUCAACUACUCCUGCAGUUGCCCGGUAAUGUAGUUUGGGGAAUUACCAUACUGAAAUGACUAAUGUUAGCACACAUUAGACAUGCGACAUUAACAUUAAAAUCCUUUUACAUAUUGUGCUGCAGUAAAACAUAAUUAUCUGUUACUAACGAUGAAAUAAAUAGUUGAUAGAUUUAAUUUAUUUAUGUUUCUUCACAAAAGACCUGCUGAGUAUUGAUGCACUAUCAUCCAGUUAAUGUAAAGGAGCCGAUUGAUUUGUCCUUUUUUCUCUCGAACGGGCUGUGAAUCUCAACAGGGCCACGUGAGAAUGAGGCCAAGGGCCAGUCCCAGGGCUAUUGGGUGCACUCUGACCUUGUUGUGUACGAAUGAGAGUCAAAGUGAUUCCCCACAGUUGCUUACCAAAGCGACGGGUAAAGCUCGCAGUGUUUCGUUAAUAGUCCGUUGCAAGUUGGCAUCAUCUGACUUUGAAAGUCUGUAGUAAGUCCGCAGCAUCUGACUUUGCCUACACUGCUAUUAUAUAUACAGUGUAUAAAUAAUUCACGAGUGUCCGUCCGUCACGCUUUGUAUGUCGCACACAGUUCAGAGCACGAAAAUUAAACAGGAACACAAAGCAAAUGUUUCUCUUGACGAGGACAUGUGCCCAAUGAACAAUAUUUUGCCCCCGUUAUUUCCAAAACGGUACGUCCGAAUCAAACCAAUGGCGGCCAAUUUCUGCUGGCUUCCCCAUUGAUUUACGUUGAAACACGAUGUUUACGCACGACGUCAUCGUCCCUUAAGCCACGAGAAUGGCUUCACCACGGUGACGUCACCCUAUAGGGCUGACAGGCGAUGGGUGCCGACGUAUCGAUGGCACUUAACGCUGACACCGUACGCAACAGCGCCGCGGGGUAAUUAUCCUUCGCAAAUGCGCGGGCAGUGCUCGUUAUGACAGUGAGACUGCUCGUGGAGGAUGCUGUCAAAUAAUCAAGCAAGCAGCCACGAGCAUACAUGAAAUGUGUGUUUUUUAUAGCUUUGCAAAGAUCCACGUGUGUUGUUGGGUUCGGUCACGUGGUAGUUUCGUGCCAAAUUUCACGUCAUGAACCCUCCACCACCCACCACGAUUGUCACGUUUAGAAAGAUAUUAUUCGUAGGUGCCGAUGUAUCAAAUCAAAUUACGUCCAAUAUAUGUCAUGAAAAAUCUUCAGCCACCAGUGAGGAACUUUAUUGGUCAGGAUUUGAUCGACACAUUGGCCACAUCUAAAUAAUAUCUUUGUGAACGUGACAAUCGUGACAGUUGGUAGAGGGUUAAUGAAAAUAAUGUCGGUGUUAAACUAACACCAAGUGGCUUAACCCAAAAACAAAUAUGGAUCAGGGUACUCACAUUUGCAAGUGCUGUAGUGUUAUUCAUUUCUCAUUCAUAAAUAUACAGCCAUUGUAUUGAAUAUACAGACACUGUCACUAUGUAUAGAAUCAAGCAUAGCAUUUGUGUUGAAUACAGUCAGAGUCAUUUGCAGCCCUUUGUCAAUUCUUGUCUGCAUAAAUACUUGAUCAUACUUCACCGCUAUGGUCAGUCCAGAUUUGUGAAUGGGGCGCCAGGACUGGUUUCAAAUAUUGCUUAUUAGCCACUAGCUGUGGCCGGGACUCAAACUCAGGUCACUGGGUUCCAAUUACAGUGUGUUAACCAUUUCAUCGCAGUUCCGCCAAAUUUUAAGAUGCAUAUAAAUGUGCAGUAAUGUUUAAUUCUUGUUUAGCACUCUGUAAAUGUGUGGAUCUUUACAUAGUUUUAACUGAAGGUAAAAAGUCUGUUUACCUUUUAUUUAGCAUCUUCACCUACAUUAUUCAUGUCAUUGUUAAAGACAUUACACAUUUUAAAAUCAGAACGGAUGUUACAUGUAUUUGUUUACAUGGUGAUAUUUUAGUUUGAAUUAUAAUCGGUUUGUUGUAUGACACGAUAGCAUGUAUGUACAUUACAAUGAUUCAAGGUGUCCAGUAUUGCCAUCUUUACUUCGCCAUAGCUGAAGGGAACUGGGAAUAAAUAUAAAUUAUUUAGCUGCAUUUAGCAUUAAAUACAUUAUCUCAGCAGUUAUGUUAUGUGAUGCUGAUCACGAGCACUGCUAGUACGUUGAUCGGUGGCUUUUUGGCUUUAUAUUGAGCAGGUACAAUGAGUACAGCAUCUAAUAAGUUAUAGUCUUGGGGUAUAGGCCAAUCAGUGGAAGCUCUUUGGACAUAUCAGCAAUUCAAAUUCAGUGUCUGUUUGAGUUCGCUGUUAAAAUUCCACCCUAUGGUAGAUACCGAUCUCGCCAAAGCACAACCAUUGUUGACUUCUCACAAAUGGAUACUCAUUUCAGUAAUGUCAGAGGAGCUAUGGGCUGCAUCUGCCCCUGACGAGCAUUUGGCCAUGCAUCCAAAUACUCUUGCCACAGUGCCACUCGGAUAAUAAUAAUAAUAAUAAAGCAGAAAUUUAUCUUGAAUACAUUUGAAAACAUUGCUUUUUACACUGAUAUUUUUUACAAGAUUUCCCAUUAAAAUUAGCUAAAUCAUACAUGAAUACGUUUAUUUCUAACUUGUAUGUGAUUAAAAUGACAUUAUCAUUGAUACACCACCAGCAUGUCACAUCUAAUAUAUAUUUGCUUAAGAUACAUUCCCUAAAUAUGAUAACAUCUGAUAUUGACCAAUUAUUACAAAUAAAUACCACUGAACUGCUAUUUGCAUUUAAUGCCAGUUGCAUUUAAUGCAAGUUGAUUAUAUUUCUCAAUUCGUGCUAAUUGCCAAAGCUCUAAGUUUUGAGUACAGUAAUUGAUUGUUAUUUUGUCAGUAUCUUGUACACACUUAAAAUGUUGUAAUAAAAUCCAAAAAAAUAUCAUUAUGAUAUAUCUUUACAUACAUUCUACAUUUACCUUGUGUCCAAUAUGUCAGUUAUCAGAGUUUUUGAUCACCAACAAUACUUUUUUGUUUACCUAUAUACGACACGUCUUUUUCAUUUUCACUUCUUGUUUUUGAAACGUUAUUUACAUAUUUGUUAAACUUAAAGCAAAGUUGUAUGUGCAUGUGAUAUCAACAGAUUACUCAUAUAAAAUGUAAAUGUAUUGAUAGUUAUUCCAUUGAAAUAUGUAGUCAUUGUCAUAUAUGAUAAUUAAAAUGACACUGGCAAUUUACAUUUCAUCUUAAUUACUUUUAUCUGGCUAUAGGUCACUGCGUAUUUUUGUCAUUUUGACUAUGAUAACAUUGUGUAUACGUUGUGUACUGAAUACUACAUCUGUUUAAUGCGUAACCACAGCUUGGCAGAUACAUUUGUGUUUGGUACAAAGUUUAAUGUGCUUUAUUGGGUUGUGAUAAUGUUGCAUGUCUCUUAAGUUAUUUGUACGUGUGCAUACUUGUUGCAAAAAUGAAAUUGGAAUCCUGUUUAAGUCACGCUGAUCUUCAUUCCUGCUAGGAUUCUGCCCUGAAAGAAUUUGUCAUCUAAAAGUCUCGUUCUUUUUGGCAUUCUAACAACACACGGUUACGUACGUUCUACUGCACGUUUCACAACAUGGGCACUUACGCUGGGAAAAGCAGGCAGCUGCAUGAGUUAACAUUCGACGAAUAAUUGGGCUUGCAUCCUUAUAGUAAAAUAAGGAUAACGAAAAUAAAACCAGUAGGUCAAAAAGAAAACAUAACAUGGCUCUAAACCACCUACCGUUUUCAAUUCUGCGUGUCUCACGACUAUUGGACGCUUCUCUGACAUUGGAAGUGUACGUGAAUGUGUCCGAGGUCAUUCCUUUUCACUGCAUACAAUAUCACCUUUGAUAAAACACCUAAUGAAGAAAUGCACAAAAUGAAAAAAGAAAUGUGCAAGAAACAUUGUUGAUUCUCAAAUUACAGUAUUGUAUAAUUACAGUAAUUAGAUUUUAAACCUUAAAACUUUUAACAUAACGAUGUAUAGCAAAAUUAUUUAUGAUUUUUGUUGAACUUGUUUCAUAGCUGUGAUGACAGUACGUAUGUGUUGCUGUUCUUAGUGCGAUAUACUCAUGUUAUGAACCCACCCGCUGGCUUAUGAAAUCCACCACAUCUAAGUAGCACCCGUAUGUCUUUCAUAUCAUAAAAGCAAGCGUUUACGUUGUUCGCUAUGAAUUACGUACGAUGUAUAUAUUAUAUUCGCAGAAUCUGGAUCCUCAAGAGCUUAGCGAGUUAUUAGUUUAGACGUGACAUUUGUUUCUGAGGAAAUAACCUCGAGUGCAAACGUAGGCAAACAAUUACGCAGGGAUGUUCUGUUGAAUGAUAAAAAAAAGUUAAUGUUGCCCCCCUCCCCACAACCUCCUCUUUUGACAGAAAAAGGUUUUCGAUAUUUUAUUGCAAUUGGCCUCAUGAUGUAUCAGUCAUCUUGUAACCAUGUGUUGCAAUAAUACAUAUAACAAAACAUCACACACUGCUUUGGCAAAAAUAUUAAGGCCUUGAAUUAAAAAUGUGCAAAAACCAAGUUUUUAUAUGAAAACUAAAAAAAAAUAUCACGUUUUUUCCGGGAAGGUUUUGUGUGCAUAGCGCUUUUGUAAGAAAAAAACAGCUGCAUUAUUACAGCCAGUAGGUAGAAUUUUAUAAAACAAGAAACCAAUGCCAGUCAAAUGAAAGUUAACUUACUAUAGUUUGCUAUUAAGACCAAACCAAUUUAUUUUAAUUGCAACUAAAUUUGGGUAAUCACCAUUAUCGUCAUCUCUCUGUUAAACCAUAUUAGAUUACAUAGAUUAUAGUGAUAAAUGUAUAUUGCCUUUUUACAGUAUGUUAAUGACCUUUCUUAAUACUUAUAUAGCAUAUGUUACCAUUCUUGUACAUUGAAUGUUCACAAAUAUAAUAAACUUUUAUUUCUGAAAAAA